AUGGUCCAGCAACCAUCUGCAGGCGAGCCCGCUGGCCCCGUGGUCAAGGGUGUCAUUCCCACAGCUAAGCAAGCUCUCAGUGAUCUCUUCAUUUGGAAGCAGCGCGUCGUGAUCACCAACGAGCAUGGCGAAGAGACCACUGAGUGGCGGGACCCAGAUCCCAUCAAGAACCCCAUCAGUCUGAUGGCUCAGCUUUCUGGCAAGGAUUGGAUCUUCUUCCUUGUAGGAUUCUGCGCCUGGACUGCUGAUGCUUUCGACUUCCACGCUCUGUCAAUCCAGACCAAGAAGCUGUCGGUCUACUAUGACACCAGCAAGACCUCCAUCACCACCGCCAUCACCCUCACUCUCCUCCUCCGAUCUGUCGGCGCAGCCAUGUUCGGUCUCGCUGGUGACAAAUGGGGACGUAAGUGGCCCAUGGUCUUCAACAUGAUCAUCCUCGGUGUUCUUCAGAUCGCCACCAUCUACAGCACAACAUUCCAGCAGUUCCUUGCCGUGCGAAGUCUCUUUGGUCUUUUCAUGGGCGGAGUCUACGGCAAUGCUAUCGCCAUGGCUCUCGAGUCGUGUCCCUCCAACGCUCGAGGCUUGAUGUCCGGUAUUUUGCAACAGGGCUACUCUUUCGGGUACGUCUUGGCUGCAUGCGCCAACCUUGGCGUUGGAGGUAGCACUGAGAGUUGGAAGACCGUUUUCUGGAUUGCUGCCGGUAUCUCAAUCGCCGUCGGUAUCGUUCGUAUCUUCUUCCCCGAGUCCCAACAAUUCCUCGAAGCCCGCGCCAAGGGCAAGAAGUCUUCCACACCCGGUGCUUUCUGGGCAGACUGCAAGAAGAUGCUCAUAGCCGAGUGGAAGAUGUGUGUUUACUGUUGUUUCCUCAUGACUUGGUUCAACUACUACUCGCACACUUCUCAAGACUCUUACACCACUUUCAUGUUGGAGCAGAAGGAGCUCAACAACUCUGCUGCUUCUCGUGCCUCGAUUCUCAUGAAGACUGGUGCCUGUGUUGGCGGCACCAUUAUUGGAUAUCUCAGCCAGUUUGUUGGCCGUCGCCGUGCCAUCAUCGUCUCGGCUUUCAUGUCCGCCCUCAUGAUCCCAGCCUGGAUUCUCCCCACAACCGAGAGAGGAUUGAGCGCUUCUGGUUUCUUCAUCCAAUUCUUCGUCCAGGGUGCCUGGGGUGUUAUUCCCAUCCACCUCAACGAGCUGUCACCCCCUGCCUUCCGAUCUUCAUUCCCUGGUGUCACUUACCAGAUUGGCAACAUGAUCUCGUCUCCCUCAGCCCAGAUUGUCAACGCCAUCGCCGAAAAGACUUUUGUCACACUAAAGAACGGUGACAAAGUUGAGGCUUAUGGCCCUGUCAUGGGUGUCGCUACUGCUAUCAUUGCCCUCGGCAUCAUGUUCACCACAAUGUUUGGCCCUGAGAAGCGUGGCCGUGCCUUUGAGCACGCCGUUGCUGGUGUCCACGAUGAAGACCUUCCUCAACACCAAAAGAAGGACAUCGAGACUGCUAGUGUUGAACAAGUCGAGAUGGACGAGAGAAACAAGAACAAGGAGGAGGCUUAA